CCGGCGGCUUGACGCAUGCGCGGGUGUCGCGCUGCGCAGUCUGGGCGUUGCGCCGUCCGGUCGGAGGCCGCCGCACCUGCGCCGGUGGGGCCCGGCUCUCCCCGUCGCCCCGCUAUGGCCGACCAGCGCUUGAGGAAGAUCAAGAUCAAGGCUGGCGUCGUCAGGCGAUUGGCAAAAGAAAAAGUUAUGUAUGAAAAAGAAGCAAAACAACAAGAAGAAAAGAUUGAAAAAAUGAAAGCUGAAGCAUGCGAUGAUUACAGAAUUAAGAAGCAGAUGGAGAUCUUACAAGAGUCACGAAUGAUGAUUCCAGACUGCCAGCGCAGAUUAGAAGUUGCACAUGCAGAUCUUACUCAACUACUAGAAAAUGAAAAAGAAUUGGAAGAAGCUGAAGAGUAUAAAGAAGCACGUUCCAUACUGGAGUCAGUGAAGCUUGAAGCCUAGAAGUUUUUCAGUAAUCUCUUUAUAUGCAUUAGCACUGGGUCCAUUUCACACUUUUAUUUGACUAUGGCUCUAUUACUAUUGUUGACUUGCUAAGGUUCCCUUUAUGCAAACUAGCCUUUCUCUAACUGCAAGGUGUAUCAAAUAAAGGAUAUUCUGAAA